AUGCCUUCUUCUCGGUCUCACAGAGACAGAGAGCUUGACAUUGAAUACUACAAGGUUGGAGACGAACAAGAUAUUGCAGGCAGUUGCCCCAAGAUUAAGGGAUCUGCCAACUGGAGAGACUGGGAGACAGCUCUCAGUGCUGCUCUCGACGUUCACAGCCUUCUCAUUGAAGAAAAGGUUGAGAAUAUUGACAACGUCAAGAUUCGUGCUCGUACGAAGGAAAUCCUCGAUGAAAACAAGCGUCUUAAAGCGGCUUACGAAGACAACUGUUCUAAGUGGGAAAAAUGUAACAACCGAGCGUUGAUGACCAUGAAGAAGACUCUCAUCGUUGGCCCUCUCUCGGAGAUUUCUCAGAUAAUGGAAGUGCGAGAGGCCUUUCAACAGCCUCGGUCAAUGUACUGUACCUCUUCGCGCCAACAGGUCUACGUUAUUUACACCAAAUUUGUUGAACUUCGCUAUAAAGGGAGCGGUGGUGCUGCCGCUGCGGACUUUGUACGCAUAUUUCAAGAAGCCCUGCGAGAUUUAAACCAAAUAACAGGCUGCCUUCUGCCUUCUAUUGUGGAGCUCUCUCAAUUCAAGAAAGCCAUCAACACCAUUGGCCCAGAAUGGGUUUAUUCUUCCUACCGAUAG